AUUGCGCGCCGUUCGCUCGUGACCGUUCGAGCAACGAGGCUCCUCUGAUGUACAAGUCCUUUGUUUCCCUCGCUUACAAAUUUAGACUAAAUGUACUUAACUCCGUAAUAAAUUAAUCGUGCAGUGUUUUCAAAAUAAUUCAUGACACAGUCUAAUUUCUUUUUCGUGAAAAUCACAUCGAAAUUUCGAGUGACAGUGAAUAAUUUCAGCAGUGACAAGAAAUAAAAAAAAGAAAUAAAGAGUGUGACUUUUAUUCGAGUGUUUGACAAUCUUUUUUUAAAUAUUCUACAGAAAAUCUAGAUUACCGGCACCGUUAAGGAGUUCCUGUACUUAAUUACAGCAUAUGCUAUAAUUACACGCGCUGCAAUUAAGACGAUUAUAUUUCCGACAAAUUCCAAUUUCUGGAAAAUCUGAAGUGGAAAGAAGCAAAAUUCGAAUCAGUCAAUAUAGUAUGGGCUACAAUACAAUAUUGUAAACUCAGUCAGAAGUUAAAAUAAACAUAUAUCAGGAGACAAGCGAAUUGACAUAAAUACAAACAGAUAAGGAUCCGAAAUCUUGACCAGGGACGUAAAAAGAAAUAUAUAAUCCAGUGUCAAUGUACUUCAUACAAUUUAUUGGAACAAAUAUUCGUACUUACAUUACAAGGUCUUACAACUUUUUAAUUUGUUGACAUAGUAAUUAAUGCUUACAGUCGCUUUACUUGCAAGUGAGUUAUAAUUGGUUGUGCGAUACUAUUCUUUCAUGGCGUUGGACGCUAAAAUAGAACGUAACUCAUGGGCCUAAAUGUGGCGACAUCAGUCGGUGCCGCUUCUUAAUAACUUGAUUUAUUACCUUACUGUAUCAUGGUCUAUAUUAUAUUUCUUCAUUUCUAGAAAAGUAUGAGAAAAUGUGCAUUGACUGUUUUGGAUAUGAACGAAUUAUGCUACUACAUCACGAAGACAAUGCAGUUACAGUGUUCUUAUUAACAUAUGUUCAAUCUGUAUUGUAUCUGAAGCAUUAAAUUGACCGUGAUAUUCGUUCACUGAAAAAAACGAGUUACAUUUCGAAGAUGUAGGUCUAGGGCCCGGAUCGACGGAUUCGUGUUACGAAAUAUAAAUCUGAAAUGAUUAAUCGUUUGCAUACGAUUUUAUACAGUCUGCACGAUUGAAGUAAAAGUCACGAUAAGCAGUUACACAAACCGGUCGUAGUUCUCCUACGAGAUAAGUUGCGUCUCAACGGUGUUUCACCUAGAAAUGAGUCAUUCUUGCUACAGCGAAGUCUUAUUUGAUGUCUUACUAAUUAACGAUUCCUUUUUUGAUUUUAGAUAUAAAUAAUGAUGACAUAAAAAAAGUGGGAAAAAUAAUUUGACGCAUCGCAUAUUUUUUAAAACUGACAGUAAAAUAUUUAGUAAAAGAUCAGUGGUAAGACAGAGGACGGAUUCGCAAAAUGUCUGAGUACUGCGAGUACAUGUGGGACACCACGAGAGGUCACGCAAGUCCAGCUCUGGCACGGAGUAUUUACGAGGAGGAGACCAGAUUCGACAAACGCGACAAGAAAUUGGCCAUUAAGACCGUUCGAGCGAUAUUGCGUGAAAUGCCGGAUGUAGAUCUGAAGCACUGCACGGAUGAAUAUAUUACGCGUUUCCUGUUGGCCCGGAAAUAUCGUACGGAACAAGCUGCUGCCCUGAUAGCUGCUUAUCAGGCGCAAGUAGCGCAUCGACAGGAUAUCUUCGGCAAUCUAACGGCCAGAGAUCCAGCCUUGCAACGGGCUCUACGUGCGGGAAUACCGGGUGUGCUUCCUGCACGCGAUAGGAAAGGCAGAUGCGUGCUCGUUAUUUUAGCCUCGCAAUGGGAUCCGAUUGCUGUACCAGCGUUAUCAGUUCAACGAGCAAUUUUUUUAGUCCUGGAAAUUCUUAUACAAGAUCCAAGGAAUCAGCAAUCCGGUUUUGUGGCGGUGGUAGAUUGGAGCGGAUUCUCUUUACGACAGGGCGGUGCCUUGGGCGCAGCAGCACUGCGAAACUUAAUAGCUGCUCUUCGGGGACGAUUUCCGGCUAGAUUCAAAGCUAUACACUUCCUGUCGGCGCCGCUUUACGUUCAGGCCACAUUGGCCCUUGUGAAACCUUUCUUGGACGAAAAAACUCGAAAUAAGAUCUAUUUACAUGGAAACAAUUUGAGUACCUUGCAUGAACACCUACCUACUGACAUUUUGCCAGCGGAACUAGGUGGUACAGGGCCAGCAUUUAAUCCAGGACUAUGGGCUGAACCAGUUAUUCAUUCAGCGAUGAAAGAAGCCGAACUUGCUGCAAUAAAGAAAGAAAAGGAGCGAGCUGAAAACGCAGAACAACCUUUUGAUAAGAAAAUCGAGUCCAAAGACAUGGAGAAUCACAAGAGAAAUGAGGCAGACUCUAUAAAAUCCAACAGUGGUGUAAAUAAAGAAAACGGAAGGCGAUUCUUCAAUCCUUUUAGUAAUUCUAUGAAAAAUCAAUCUCCAAAGAAAAUUGGAGGGACAAAUGUAGAACUGAAUCUAAUUAAUCGCACUAAUGCAUAUGCAGAAAGGAAAGAAGGUGGAAGGGACAGUAGGACGAUAAAGGAAGAUCAGGAUUCUUAUUGUAGAAGUCGAGAUAAAAUGUUAAACAAUGGCAACACCGAUUAUUUUGACGACAAAAGAGAACGUUACAAAGAUGCGAAGGAUAAUUUGUUAGGAUCUCAGUCUGAAAGAAACUCGAAUGAAUACGAGAUCUCAAAUAGACCAGAUAGCGACGAUAGUAAAGAUAAUUCAUUAGAUAACCGAUCUGAGAAUGCACUGAUUGAAACGGGUAAGAUCGAUACUCUUUCAGAAGAAACGAAUCUCAUAACGUAAUGUUAGUUUUUGGGCCACUUAGGUUAAAACAAAUUAAUCGAGGACUUACGUGAGGAGCGUUGACAUUGAUUUUA